AUGGAAAGUAGUUUCUGGCGGCCUGUAAAUGCGACGCCUCUAAGGUUCUACCUUCCAGCUGCCCCAAGCCACCCAGCUGUACCCGCUGCUCCAACUUUUCCCUACUCGUCUUUGUACUUCGGAUACGCCAGCUCAGAGAUUUCGUUUUAUGUUCCAGGAUAUGUAAGUCCAUGUUCCCAUCAAGGCUUUCAUGGAAUUCCGACCCAACGCAAGAAUGAACAAAAACCAACUCAGUCAUACAUUGGUCUCAUUGGAAAAGCAAUUCUAAGCUCUCCACAGCAGAAACUUGUUCUUGGUGAUAUCUACAACUACAUUCUAACAAAUUACCCUUACUUCGGAAAUAAAGGACCUGGAUGGCGUAACUCCAUACGCCACAACUUAUCACUAAAUGAUUGCUUUGUUAAACUGGGUCGCUCUCCAAACGGCAAAGGACACUUCUGGGCAAUCAAUCCACUUCACUAUGAGGAUUUCAGUCGUGGAGAUUUAGGGUACAAGCGGAAAAGAUCUUCCAAAAAAAGUCAGAGAAGCAUUGCAUCGGAAAAAAGUUUACAGACAUUAGAAAAAGGUCAAGGCUGGAAAUCAUGUAAAGAUGUUGUUCCUCUGUGUGCCAAAGAGGAAGUUCGUCAGGGUGAUAACAGUUUCACACACAGUCAAAGUGGAUUGCGCCAAAGAAGUUUUCACAUCGAAAACAUUUUAUCCGAUUGA